GGCAGUUCUGCCUGACGUCACUUCCGUCUUCCUAUUUGGCGUCCAUCUUGCUCCCCGCGCGUGUCUGCUCUUAGCUUACAGAUGAAAGAAACGAUCAUGAAUCAGGAGAAAUUAGCGAAGCUGCAGGCGCAGGUCCGCAUUGGAGGAAAGGGCAGCGCCCGGCGAAAGAAGAAGGUGGUGCACAGGACAGCCACGGCGGACGACAAGAAGCUGCAGUUUUCCCUGAAGAAGCUCGGCGUCAACAAUAUCUCCGGUAUCGAGGAGGUGAACAUGUUCACCAAUCAGGGCACGGUGAUCCACUUCAACAAUCCCAAAGUGCAGGCGUCGUUGGCCGCCAACACCUUCACCGUCACGGGCCACGCCGAGACCAAGCAGCUCACAGAGAUGCUGCCCGGAAUACUCAACCAGCUUGGCGCCGACAGCCUCACCAGCCUUAGGAGGCUCGCUGAGGCCCUGCCCAAGCAAGCCACAGACGGCAAAGUCCCCAUCGCCACAGUCGAAGAAGAAGACGACGACGAAGUGCCAGAUCUGGUGGAGAACUUUGAUGAGGCAUCCAAGGAUGAAGCAAACUAGAGGACCAAGUCGGGGACCUUAAGACUGGACAGAGGGGGAGGGUGCCCAAAUCUGCGUGCUUUUUAGUUCCCCCCCCCUGCUCAGUCCUGCCCAAUGAUUGAAUGUAAAAUAUUUUCCCUCCGCGUUACUGAAUCUUGUUCAUAUGUGGCCUCGUUUAACAACAAAAAAUAGCCAUGUCUGCAAUCGAAAAAAGUGUAGCUACUGUCAAUCAACAAAUGCAACUUUUCAUUUUUAGCGACUCGCGUGAGGGUGCGGCGAAGAUAAACAUUUUUAGACUUCAUUCCGUUUGUCGUUGCGAUGAUGUACUUUGGAGCAAAAGAUGAGUUUGAGGAGAAUAAAAACAUGGGAGUAGA